AUGGAGCUCAAGCAGCAGCUGGGCAUGCGCGUGGACGCGGCCUUGCUCCGCGUCACCGUAUUGCACGUUCUGCAUCUGGGCAUAGAAGCCCCGCCGCGACUCUUCGAAAGCAUUGCGCAGCAAUCUGGCUGCGCGCCGGGCGCUGCGCCAGUAAACUAUCGCCAGGCGAGCCUGACGGAUGGCCUCGUUAUACCAGACCGGGAAGAAAGGCUGCUCCUGGAGCAAGGGCAACAUAGGGGCCACAGCGACUCCAUUGUUGCCGGCGUUGUCGGCAUUGUCGGGCUGCUGUGGGCCCCGAAUACACGGGCCGCUGCACUGAGCGAGGUGGGGUUGGUGGUGCCGCGGCUCGCGGCACUGGUCGACGACGCAGGAGACGUCGGGACUGAGGAAUCGGAGAUGGGAGAUGGGAUAACGAUUGUGAUGGUAGAAGAGACUGAAAUGGGUGUAAGGCGCGAUUGA